CAGAACGAGAGGGCUUGGCAUGCCAAGCGCUCUUUAACUGCAUCUCUCAGUAAAAAGAUAAAUCAUAUAAAAAAAUAUUCUCUUUUGUCAAACCACAUUCUCCUUCAUCACCCUAUCCUGUUUUUGUAUUCACAUUGAAAAAAUAAAAAUAAUUGCAUUCUUGAAUAGUACAUCAUAUAGAGGAAAUGAGAAACGAGGAUCGGUCAAAUUCAGUCCCUGACAUUCCCCAAAUGUUAGACGAACAUCACCACGAUGAUUCUGGUUUAGAUGGAGCAGCAGCACCUAUAAAGUUGUUGCUAAAGCUAAUCCAAGAUCACAAAGAUGCCUGCGGCAAAGGCCACAAAGACAGCAGGAGAAUGCUCAGGGUGGCUACCAUGGUCACAAUCUUGGACACUGUUCGGACAAGAAUCCAAAAAUGCCAGUCCUUUGGCAAUAAGACCACCCAAGCCACCCUGCGCCGCUGCAACACCGGCCUCAGCCAGCCGCCCAAGGACAAGAAGGGCAGGGUCGAGGCUGGGGCGGAUGAGAAGGAGAAGCUGAGGAGAGAGCUCAGCGCGUGCACUGCGGCCAGGAAGCGCCUCGAGCUGAUGUGCUCGAGCCUGGGGAAGGAGAAGGAGAUCAUGGCUGCUGAGCUCUCCAGAAAGGCGCAUGAGUUGUCUGAGAUGGAGGAUCUCAUUCACGGCCUCAAGGUGCAGAACGAGAAGCUGGUGAGGAAAGUGCAAGAAUGUGUGGGGGGAGAAUCGCAAGGAAGGGAGUUCGAAGAGCAGAACAAGUUCCUUAGGGAGAUGCUCGUGAGGUCGCACGAUGGGUACCAAUCAAUGAAGGAGAGGCUCAAUGAGGCACAGGGGAAGAACAUGGUGCUGUGUGGCUCGAUAGAUGAGAUGAGGGAGAAGAUUGAGUCGAGCUUUGGCAAUGUAAGGAGAUUAAAGGAACGUGCUGUUGAUGUUGAUGAAGAUAUAGAGAGUUUGGAGAAUGUGUUUGAGCAUUUCCAGACAAUGCUUGAAAAGCAUGAUAAGAUGCAAGAAGAAGACAAAGAAGGAACGAGCUAGGACAAGGAGAGGAUGGGAUGGAAUACUAUGAUGUUUCUUUUCAGUUCUCGCAGAACUUGGACUGGCUUUUUCUUGUUUUUGCUAUAAAUGGCAGUGUCAUUACGAGAUGUAAAACAGGUGGAAAAAGGUACCUUAGAAGAGACUUCUUGAGCAAACCAAUGUGAAUAUGUGAAUAUGAUACUGCAUUUUUGGCAAGGAUGGUAUUCUGUUUUUGCAACUUUUUCUUAUAUAUGAAUGAACAUGUACCAAA